AUGUACUACAAGGGCGCCCAGCCCUUCUACGCUCUCGAGGCCAUUCACCUCCACUCCGUCGGCACCUGCGAAUCGACCUUCAGGAAAAUGAUGGCACUGUGUCCCCGCCUCCAUACUCUCGAUCUGCGCCGUUGCAACUGCUAUGACACGUUAUGCGGUGCCAAAGCCUUCAUCCCGCCGGCGGGGGAUAACCUGAGGAGUAUUACCGUCGCCAAGUGCCAAGGGGAGACCUGGCUGGAUGAUUUGGCGCUGCCUAGUCUCCGUUAUUUCCGCUACAGCGGCAAUUUCGAUGUAGCACUCCCGAUUAAUCUCUCCGGUCUCACAAUACUCACCGUCUGCAGCAAUGCCCUCAAGAUGGCAUCAUCCCGAUGUACAAAGAUGGCCAACUUUCAGAGCAUGAAAGAGCUACAGCUGCUCAUACUUGGAAUGAAGAUGGACAACCUAGCUGACAUUUAUCUGUUCCUCAAGUCUUGUCACUGUCCUAAUCUUGAGAGGCUCUUUGUGCAGCUCCCAGCUACCUGUGAUGUGCCCUUGGAGGAUUUGGUUGAAGAGGUGAGGGUAGAACUGCUAGAGGAUAGCUUAGUCAACCUUAGAAUGGCGAAGUCAGAUAUCAGAUUGUGUCACUUCAGCCUAGACAUUGGGGAGAUGAGUUGUGAUGCUGUAGUUGUCAUGAUAUACCUGGUGUGA